CGUCAAUAUAACCACGAAAAAGAAUACAGGCCCUAGUAAAACCAAUACAACCACGACUACGUCCUCUUCACGUGGUUUUGGAGGUAGCACCACCCUUGCGAAAGCCAAGGCUAAGAGUAGUACAAGAAAAGGCAUGGGAGCAACUACAACAACUGUAUCCAGCACAUGCUCGACAUCGUCCCCUACAAAACCAAUAUCUUCCACACACAACGCUUCUUCUGCCUCGUCUAACAAGACUGUCAAUCAUAAAGGUGACACUUCUACUUCUAGUAGUGGAAGCAGAUCUAGUACAACUACAAGCACUGGCAGUGGUAAAGGCACAGGAGGUACAGGUACUAGCUCGUCAUCUUCU